AUGGCCGAGGGGAACGAGCUGAUGAGCAGGCUCAUGAGCGAGAACGCCGACCUCAAGAAGCAGGUGCGGCUGCUCAAGGAGAACCAGAUGCUCAAGCGUCUGCUGAGCGAGAGCUGCCAGGAGAGCGGCAGCCGCGGCAGCCGGGACCUCCUCUUCCCCAAGGCGCCCGCCUUCCCGGAGGCCUGCUCCCCCACGGCUGCAGUUCCAGAUAUUGGAAGGUUCACCGGCAUCCCUGAGGUGCCCUCCCAGCUGCCGACAUCCUCGCUGGAGGACCUGCUGUGCUCACACACACCCCUCUCCCACGAAGACGACACUUCCCCUGGCUGUGCGACGUCCCCCCAGGUGUCCUUCAAGGCUUUCCUCAGCCCCCAGGAGCUGCACGCGUCUCGCAGCACCGACAGGAAGCUGUGCCCGCUCCUGAACCCCUUGCAGGACCCGCUGGAGCCCAGGGAGAUGACCCGAACCAAGAAGGUGUGCUUCUCAGAGAGCAGUCUGCCCUCGGGAGACAGGACCAGGAGGAGCUACUACCUCAAUGAGAUCCACAGCUUCACCAGCUCGGAGAAGGACGGGCGCAUCGUCGGGGAGAUCGCCUUCCAGCUGGACAGGCGUAUCCUGGCCUACGUCUUCCCCGGGGUGACCCGGCUCUAUGGCUUCACCGUGUCCAACAUCCCCGAGAAGAUCAAGCAGACGUCCAUCAAGUCCCUGGACGGCUCCGUGGACGAGAAGAAGCUGCGGGAGCUGACGCACCGCUACCUGACGCUGAUGGCGCGCCUGGAGAAGCUGGGCUACAGCCGCGAGGUGCACCCCGUGUUCAGCGAGUUCCUCAUCAACACCUACGGCAUCCUGAAGCAGCGGCCCGACCUGCGCGCCAACCCGCUGCACAGCAGCCCGGCCGCCCUGCGCAAGCUGGUCAUUGACAUCGUGCCCCCCAAGUUCCUGGGCGACUCGCUGCUGCUGCUCAACUGCCUGUGCGAGCUCUCCAAGGAGGACAGCAAGCCGCUCUUCGCCUGGUGA